AUGGAAUGCUUUCCGCGGCAGUCUAGGAGGCGGCUUUUGUACGCCUUGAGUGCUGCCUUUAUAUUUGUCUUUUUCUUCACCCAAUUCCACAUCAGGGCUGGUCCCGGGCAGGCUCGGCGGCCAUGGACCUAUGGCACGCGCAGUCUGGCAGACGACAUCUACAACACCACUCUAGGCUUUGAAAAGAUCUUUGUGAUCAGCCUACCGUCCCGGACAGAUCGCCGCGAUGGCAUGGCGCUGCAGGCGGCGCUGAGCAAUUUCGAGUUUGAGUUUAUCGAUGGCGUACCGGGCGAGAAUGUGCCUGAUAAGGCGAUCCCAGCCAAGAAGAAGGAUCGCGCCAGUAACGGAGUGAUUGGAAUCAUCCAACGGAACCUAACCUCAGCACUAAUCCUCGAAGACGACGCCGACUGGGACAUCCGCAUCAAGCAACAACUCCACGACUUUGCCCUGUCAACCCAAGCCCUCAUCCAACCACUGGCAGCACGCCCCAACUCCUACGCAGACCCAACCUACCCAUCCCCACCUACCAACAUGGACCCUCCCAGCGAACUCACACCCCCCGAACUAGACUUCCACCACCUCCCCACCACCCUCCCCGCCACUCUCUCCCCGUACGGCGACAACUGGGACAUCCUCUGGCUAGGCCACUGCGGGAUGCACUUCCCCUUCCCCGACACCCCAAUCCCUCAAGGCCGGGUCAUCCGCCUACACGACACCACCGUCGCGCCCAAACGCCAUCUCUGGGGGUUCACAGUCCCCUUCACCCUCAAGGAGACCUACCCCGAGCAUACCCGGGCCGUGCACCACGUGCAGGAAGGCGUCUGUACCCAAGCUUAUGCGGUCAGCCAGCGCGGCGCACGAAGAUUGCUGUACGAGGUUGGUUUGAAGGACGUCACGGAGGGGUAUGAUAUUCUGCUGCGGUUCUUUUGUGAGGGGGUUCAGGGGAGGGAGGAGGGAAGGCAGUGCCUGACGACGCAGCCGGGGUUAUUUCAGAGCCAUACUCCUGUGGGGAAGCCGGGAAGUGAUAUUGGAGCAGCGGAUGGGGAGUUUCGGGAGAGGGCUAUGACGGAUAUGGUCAGGUGGAGUGUGAGGUUGAAUGCGGCGGUUUUGAUGAAGGGGAGGGUGGAGGAUGUUGUGGAUCAAUAUCCGGAUGAGGAGUACCUGGGUGGGGGAUAG